GGAGGUCCGCCGAAACAGAGGGAGAGAGAUGUGGUACCUAUGCGUAUUUUACCACAGGCUCUUGGACUACCGCCGGCCGGAGGUGGAGUCGCUCGCCGAGCUCUUCGGCGGCCCCGGCGCCGGGGACGCCGUCGAGUGGCGCCUGCUGGAGAACCACCACGCGGACUCCCCUUUCCACCUCGUGCGCCUCCCCGGCGACGAGCGUCUUGCCGCGCAGAUCGCCAACCGCAGCUUGCUUGUGAAGGGGAUCUAUGAGCUGUGGGGGCAUGGUGCCACCUACGACGAGCUGGAGAAGGCCAUAAAGGAGUACCCCGACGAGAGGAAGCUGCCAUACCUGACGCCUGAAAGUUCCUUCAAGAUUAUUGUCGAUAGCUUCGGCAAGGUGAUCAGCUUCGAAGAACAGAACGAGAUCAUAAAGGGCUUCACCUACAUUCCAUUCGAGGGCCGCGUUAAUUUGAAGAAGCCUGAUCACAAGUUCUUUGUCUUGGAGACUGAUGAUUAUGGGUCGCAAAAUGGCCUCCCUCCAGUUGCUCAGAAGACGGUAUUCUUUGGCCGGGAGGUUGGAGCAGCGGAUAGGCACCUGUUGCCGACAUACCAGCUCAAGAGCAGGAAGUAUAUCGGUCCGACUGCAAUGGAUUGUGAAAUGGCGUUUCUCAUGGCCAACCAAGGGCUCGCACGGCCCGGGAAACUUGUGUACGAUCCUUUCGUUGGCACCGGGAGUAUUUUGGUGGCAGCUGCACAUUUUGGAGCCAUGACUAUGGGUGCAGAUAUUGAUAUAAGGGUUGUGCGGGAUGGUCGUGGCCCCGAUUGCAAUAUUUGGAGCAACUUUGAGCAGUACAAGUUGCCAGAGCCCUUGUGUGUGCUACGAGCGGAUAACAACCUGCCACCUUGGCGUCCAGGAUUGAAGGAGAUAUUUGAUGCAAUCAUUUGCGACCCUCCAUAUGGAGUUCGGGCUGGUGGGCGUAAGUCCGGUGGUCGGAAGCUCCUGAAAGGCAUCAUCCCUCCUUACACAGUUCCAGAUGAGAAGAGGGAUAACCAUAUUCCAUCAACUGCGCCAUAUAGCCUUGCUGAAUGUGUUCAUGACCUCCUCCACCUUGCUGCAAGGAUGCUGGUGAUCGGUGGCAGGCUGGUAUUCUUCUACCCGGUCCUGCGGGACGAUGAUGUUGCUGACGUAGCGAAAUUCCCGGAGCACCCCUGCUUCAAGCUGGUUGCCUCUUGUGAGCAGAUCCUAAGCUUGCGGUACAGUCGGGUUCUGCUAACCAUGGUGAAGGUCGAGCCCUACACAGAGGAGAUCGAAAAGAUGGGUGAGGAACGUCACCAGGAAUUCAGGGAGAACCACCAGAAAUGGAUGGAGGAGGGCAACCUCCACUCCGCCGUGUUCAGCCCCGCAGAGCAGGAUGGGAAGCCGAAAUUCGAUAAGGACUCCAAGCCAAAGUACAGAGGCAAGUACGUGUAGUAGUGAUGAAAAACACUAACUUUGCGGAUCAAUCUCUGGGGUAAACAAUUCUCUUAAUCUUCUGUAAUAUGUAUCUUUGUAUGGCUCUGCUAGCUCUUACAAUCUAGCUAGCUAAUUGAUACUAUGACUCUAUGAUGUACUCUCAACUUUAUAUCAUGCCAGGCUAGUUCAUUUUUAUAAGAACAUGGUAGUUUUAUCUUUUA